AUGGCUCUGCGUUACACAGAGAUUGCUCUAAUCCCGGGGAGGCCUGACGCUCUCGAAAGAGUGGUUGAAAUAUUGCGAGCCCACAAGAGGGAUGACUAUUAUGCGUAUGAGCGAGAGGGAAAAUGGUACCUGGGCAUUGGCAGUCACUCGUCACUCAUAGUUGACCCCAAAGGGGAGACGGCGAUAAUCUCCACCAAUUCUCACAGAGAAUCGCACCCGAUCACCGGUCCGUUGGCGGAUAUCGCAAGAGACUUUGUGUCGAAGCACGCCAACGACGUCCGCAAGGUAUUCGGGUAUGUCGGGUUCAACUACGCGGCACAUGCGCGCAGCAUUCCAUACACGGCCGGUCGAUGGCCGCUUUUGAGCUUGAUGGUCCCGCGCAUCGAGAUAUCGUUCUCAAGAGACAAGGUUGUUCUGACGGGGGAUAACAAUGAAGAUGUGAAAGCAUUGGCCGACCUGAUCGAUGGUGCCACCAGUGUGGAUCCAACACCGAAUCAAAGUAUCGACACGCAAGACUCUGCGGGAGAAUACCUGGCUCGAGUCGAAACCGCGCUGGCGGAAAUCGCCGAAGGGAAGUAUACGAAGGUUAUCCCUUCACGAGCGGUGAAAAUCACCGGGCGAGUGGACAUGCCGGCCACCCUGCUGUGUGGUCGACGCUGCAACGCACCCGCACGGAGCUUUUCCCUGAGCCACGGGGGCUACCAAGCGACCGGCUUCAGUCCCGAGCUCGUGAUGUCAGUGAAAGAGGGGAAGGUGACCACUGAGCCGCUGGCUGGAACGCGAUCGCGCAAGGGUGAAGACACUGAGGUCGAGCGUCUCAGACAGGAACUGCUGAACGAUCCCAAGGAGAUUGUUGAACAUGUAAUCUCAGUUCGGGAAGCGAUCGACGAGCUGAAGCGGCUCUGUCCAGCGGACACAGUCAGUGUUGAGGACCUGAUGUCAGUCCGACCCCGGGGCAGUGUCCAGCAUCUCGGGUCUACCGUGACUGGCUUCCUGAAGCCGGAGAAUGACCCCUGGGACGCCCUCGACGUCCUCUUUCCUUCUAUCACAGCGUCUGGCAUACCGAAGCAGGCUGCACUGGAGGGCAUUCAGCGCCUCGAACAUCGUCCUAGGGAGUUGUACUCGGGUGCUGUACUGAUGAUCGAAGGCAACAAGACUCUUGAGGCAGCCCUUGUUCUCCGCACUGUCUUCCAGGAUCAAAGUUGUCAGUGGGUGCAGGCUGGGGCUGGGGUGAUUGCGCAAUCGACCCCUGCGCGUGAACUCACUGAGACUCAAGAAAAGCUGGCGAGCAUAGCUCCGUUUGUGGUUAGCGAGAUUGAGAAAUAA